AUGGACGGCCUCAAGCUAGCCAUAUCUUCCAUGUCUCUCGGCCGCGCCUGGGUCCAUUCUAUGCCUAGCAAACUCUCCGCCGCUUCUAAGCACAACAUUCUUGGUCUUGAAGUAUUCUACGAAGAUCUCAAAUAUCUCGCACGGACUGAAUCAAACACCGAGACGCCCUCUCCAGAAGCUCUUCUCCACGCUGCUUCCACCAUAAAAUCGCUAUGCGAUGAACGAAACAUAACUAUCAUCGGACUGCAACCGUUUAACUUCUACGAGGGUUUGAAAGAUAGAAGCGAGCACCACGAGAAAAUUGAGAAAAUGAAACUCUGGUUCAAGAUUGUCAAGAUCUUGGGAACGGAUCUCAUCCAAAUCCUCGCGAACUUCUUACCCAAAGAGAAAUUAACCGAUGAUAUGGAUACCAUCAUUUCGGCUUCUUGUGAUAGGAAAACUGAAAAUGUAGAGAAAGCUUUGAAUGAGAGAUUGGAGAGACUGGCAAAGAUUGUUGAUGUGAAGAAAGUUUUUUAUAUUCAAGUGGUUGAUGCGGAGAAGAUGCAAGAGCCGUUGGUCAAGGGCCAUGCAUUUUGGGAUGAUGAACAACCUGCGCGAAUGAGUUGGAGUAGGAAUGCGAGGUUGUUUGCGGGAGAGAGUGAGAGGGGGGCGUAUUUGCCGGUUGAAAAGGUUACGCGGAUUAUUGUUGAGUGUUUGGGGUAUCAAGGAUGGGUUAGUAUGGAAUUGUUUAAUAGGUCGAUGGCGGAAGAAGGAGAAAGUGUCCCGGAUGAACACGCUAGGAGAGUGGAGGAUUUUUGGAAGGGAAUUCAGACUUGGAUCAAGUGGCCGAAACUUAGUGACUGGAUGUCAACAAGCGCUGCAAAGGAACUUACUUCGCCUAAUUUAGUCGUAUAA